AGUUGCCACACUUAAUAUAUUCUUACGCAAUGUGUUUAUUAUUUUAAUUUUUAGUUCAAAAUCUAAUUUGUUUUAAUUAAUAGGGGUUUAUAAAUAUUUGUAAUUUAUUAUUGAAGGAAAAGUUAUAUGCGUUAAAAAGGAAUGGGCGCAUGAAAUCAAACGUACAUGUUUUUUUUUACUGUUUUGGACAUGGCUGCCAUAUUAUAUGUUUGUAAGGUAUGAUCAGUUGUAUUUGUGAAACCAGCUUGAACGGUUCUUUUUUUGAGUAUACGUACUCUGAGUUCAUCUAGCUGUAUUUGUAUGGUGCGUUUGUUCUAAUAGAUUAAUUUGCCACUUUUUAAGUAGGUUUUUCGACUAACUAAUUAUGCCAUUGAAAUAUUUGAAUAGUGUACAAAUCAUAAGUUGGAGUGGGUUGUACCGAAAAUAUGUGAAAUCUUAAAUAGUACUAUUAGUGCGUGUUGAAUACAAUUUGAUACGAAAAAAAUUAUGCUAUUUAGGCAAAGAUACAAGUGGAAGUAAAUUGGUGAAAUGUUUGGUGUCUGAAGAAAGUCAAUUUCUGUAUUUUGAAGAAGUCAGUAAUGAAGAAAAAAUUGUGUUUUUAUAUGUAAAAAUUAUUUGUUCAAGAAAAGAGUGUACAUAAAAAAGCAAAGAAUAGACGAGAAGAUGUAACAUAAAAAACCAAUUAAACCAAAAGGGUUUAUGUAUACUGGUUAAGUGAAUGCGAUAGCGUUUUGUUUAUGCAUGAGCGAGUGGGAUAGGAAACAACACUCGGCAAAUACCACAAAACUGGAAGGAGCAGUUCAAGCAAAGGCGAUACAGUCAUAUUAUAUAUAAAUUUUGAACAUAUUUCUAUUUGAAACGCUGCCGGUUUUGACCUCAAUUAGGAAAAUGUUCGAAUCCAUCGCAUCUAACAUCACGAGAAGGAAUGAGUCCAGUAAGUCGACUCCGCCCAUAUGUUGAUUAUACACUGUACUUCGUUUUGAUCUGUACGCUGAGAGUUAACGCCUUUUUGUCUUUUGAUUUUCGCGGCUAUGUGUAUAAAGCGCUACAGAGCUUGUAUCUGGCAAUACUAUACAUCUUUGAAAGGUCUUGACAUAACCUACAAAACGACGCUAUGCAUAAUUAGUUUGGAUAUUGCGUUCAACAGUUAUAGACGUGUAAACAUGGAGUUCACUAACGCCGAAAUUCGCGCAAUUUUAAAGUUUUCUUCGUUCCGCUAGCGAAACGUUCCGUGGGUUUAAUGUUUUUUUGGGGGAUGGUACUCUAUCACUUCGAACUGCGGACGAAUGGUUUCAACAAUUCAGAGCGGGUGAAAACGACAUCAUAGAUAUGCCACCCGGCGAAAUACCUGUGACGACGAAUACUGAUCAAAUCAUGGAAAACAUCGUGUUAGACCGGCAUGUGGUAUCUUGUCCAGAAGAUGGAAGUUAGUCACCAAACCAUUUUAAACCAUCUGCAUAAGGCUGGUGACUGGCCACGAAAAAUGGAUCACAUAUAACAAUAUCAAGCGAAAACGGUCGUGGUCGAAGGCCAGUGUAUCGUCCCAAACAGUGGCCAAGCCGGGAUUGACGGCCAGGAAGGUUUUGCUGUUCGUUUGGUGGGAUUGGAAGGGUAUCAUCCACUAUGAGCUGCUCCCAUAUGGCCAGACGCUUAAUUCUACCAUCUACUGCGAACUGGACCGCUUGAAGCUGGCGAUACACCAGAAACGUCCAGAAUUGGCCAACAGGAAGGGUGUAGUGUUCCACCAAGACAACGCCAGACCACACACACGGACAUAGCGCCAAGUGAUUACCACCUAUUCCUGUCCAUGGCGAACGUCUUUGUUGGUGUGAAGUUGAACUCAAAAGAAGCUUGCGAAAAGCAGCUGUCCCAGUUCUUCGAAAAUAAGGAGGGGGCUUCUGCGAGGGGGGUAUUCUGAAGUUGCCGUCUAGAUGGAAACAGAUUAAGGAACGAAACAACGCAUAUUUGAACUAAAUCCGAUCACUGUAACAGUUUUUAUAAAACAUUGAAUAAAGAGCAAAAAGGCGGAAGGGAGAUAUUUGACAACCUAAUAUAUUUUUAUUGUAUGCUUCAGAUACUAACGCAUUGAUAUUUUACAACUCUUUAGAUUAGUGCAUCUAACGUACUUAUACACAUACGUACACACGCUUGAUAGUUUCUUAUCCGUUGCUGCUUGUGUGCAUUAUAUAUGUAUGUAUGCUUUGUAUACUAAUAUUAGUUUUAUGUACAUACAUAUGUAUACUCUAAUUUAUGACUUUUCUUUGAUAGGCAAUGAUUUUUAGAUUUUUAUAAGUAUACAUAAGCAAUUCCCACGACAGCCGGUUCUACGCACCGGAAUUAACUCUGAUUUCAUCCGACCAAGGGCUGUUUUUUCGGCGAUCUAACCCCGUUUGGAUCGAAAAUUAUCGUAACUUUAUUCAUAUACCAUUUGAGUGGAACAAGCUUUGCGAUAAUAUUUUUCAUUGCAGUAGGACUAUCGAACAACAUUUAUAUAUUAUGCAUGGAGACCAGAGAGUAAGCUGACUUGCCAGUAGUCUAUAAUUGUCUAAACAGCUAAUAGCAAUAGAAAAGUAUAAAUAGCCAGACUAAAAUGAACAUGGGUAUCGUGGGUAAAGCUGGUCCUGUUAAGAGCAACGGCAAAAGACAUAUCAACCAUACGUUGAAAUCAUUGCACGAAAUAAAUGAUAUUUUCCCUACAGAAGAUUUCUUUUCGAAAACAUCUUGUCAUAAAUGUAUCAAUAACGCUGAUACAUUGCACACCCCAUAUAUUAAUCGCAGCACCAACAAAAGUCGUGAAGAGAAGAUUUUCAGGAAUUUCAAAAGUAGUACGAUCACUGGAAACAACACGAUUUUGGGGAUCAAAAAGGCGAACAAAUCUAUAUCACGAAGAGGGCUAGCAUCGAGUAUCGCGAUAACCAGUAAACUAGAUAGUGGUAAUGGUUUUAAAAAAUCCUUACAGAGGCAAAGCAAGAAAAAAGUAACGACGUUCGCAACUUCAACGUUAUUAACUACAAAUCUCAUAGUUGACAGCAUUCGUGACAUUGGAGCUGAGAAGGCAGACGAUAUAGCAUCAUCAAAGUUGCAUAUUAACAAACCUUUACAAGCAGGAAGUCAUCAUAAGGUUAAAUGUCGUACUGCUAAAUUACAUCGAAUCCAAUCUAGAGUAAUUCAGACGACAGCGGGCGAUACGGAAACUGUGCCAGCAAAUGCCGAAGCGUCAAUAAAGCUUCCAAAUAAAUCACUUAUAUGCGGUAAAAUAUCAUUAUGGUCGAUGCUCGCAUCUGAGUCAGCAAUGAAGCAAAUUUCGGGGUCUUUAACGAAGACAGCGUUAACACCCACGUCGACAUGGAGGGCAGCAUUUGCAUUAUCGACAUUAGCACAAACUUUAUUAGACUUGUCUGUUAUUCCUCAAGCUUGGCAACAAUUUGUAAAACUUCUGCGGAAUUCUGUUUUAGGAUUAAAUACUUCAUCCAGAGCGGUAACGACAAGCCUUAGCAUGGCAAAGAAAAGUACUAGAGUCGUGAGUCAACUAGACAAGACAAGUACAGCAACCGGAGCAGUCGGAACCGCGACGGCAGCGGAACGCUGUAAAGCAGCUGCAACAUUUAUAUCGUCUUUGCACCCAUCGGGAAGCUCAUUGCGUACGAAAUUCCGGUUGCUCCCCAGUGUGGGUGCAACAUCGUUUUUUACAUUACUGACGCUCAUUUGCCUAGAGACUGUACUACUCUCUACGGUCUCCAAUUGCGCAAAAACGUUUUAUAUGCAUUGGAAUACAUCCAACAGUAUAUUUCGUAUAGAUAAUACAGACCAUAUAAUUGAUGUAAACAAAGGAAACUUAGCAUUCGAGUUCGAUCAAGUGCAUAUUAUAUGUCCCGUAUAUGAACCAGGCACCUUCGAAAAUGAAACGGAAAAAUAUAUAAUAUAUAAUGUGUCAAAAGUGGAGUACGAGACAUGUCGGAUAACAAAUGCAACUCCGCGCGUUAUAGCGAUUUGUGAUAAACCGCAAAAAUUAAUGUUCUUUACAAUAACAUUCCGGCCAUUUACACCGCAGCCAGGUGGUUUGGAGUUCCUUCCUGGAAAUGACUAUUAUUUCAUUUCAACUUCAUCGAAAGACGAUCUCUAUCGACGAAUAGGUGGGCGAUGCUCCACAAAUAAUAUGAAAGUGGUUUUCAAAGUGUGUUGUGCACCUGAAGAGAAAAACAAAACGUUAAUAAAUACUGGUAGCUCCAGCAGUUCAUCUUCUAGUGGUAGCACCAGCGCUGGCGGUACUAUUAUUGGUAUAAACACGGCUGACGGCAAUGGCCUUACAACAGGUAUUGAUAAUGCUGCCAGUAUGGAUGUUGCCAGUGCUCAGACCAAUACAAAUCAACACCAACAUAUGAGUAAUAUAAACACAAUUGGAAUCAAUGGGGUAAAUACAGGUUUAAUACCAAUCGGCGGUGUUCAUAUUGGCGUCAACAGUGCCGUUGGCGUAAGCAAUAGUGGUAUGCAAAUGAAAUCGAUGAAUGGCGGUAGUGGUACAUCAAUCAAUACAAAUAUUGAUCAGUUCAAUCGUAUACCAAUACAAGCUGGCGGCAUUAAUGUUAUGGGGAAUAAUGUUGGUGGACUUGGUGGCAUUGGCCUUGGUGGCCAUGGCGGCGGUGGUAUUAUGCUAGCACCAGGAGGUCAAGGAGGCAUAAACAUGAUCUCGAGUGGUGUAGGUAUUGGUAUCGGGCAAUAUCCUGGUCACUCUGGACAGACUGGUAUACGCAUUAACAACGUCGCGUCCCAGCAACAUCAUGCAACGCAUAAGAACAAUAAUAAUGGUAAGGAUACCGGACCAAAUGGUGUAGGUGUUAGUGUUAAUGGUGGUGGUGGUGAUGAUGAUAAUGGUGGUACGUUCAUGAAUAUAAAUUUCGGUGAUGCACAGUUUUUGCCACCAUUUAUUAACACAAACCAUAGCAAUAUUGUACAAAGUACAAUUAACUGGCCAGAAUGGGGUAGAAGCGGUCCUAUACAUUCUAAAAAUAAUAACCUAACAGCAACAACAAGAAACGAUCAUAAUAUAAAUGAACCAAACAGUAAUAAUUAUUAUUCACCGUCCCAUAGAUCGAUAAACAAUAAAACAAUUAAUAAAAACGAUCAUUAUGAGAAGCAUCCAAAUGAAGUAGUGAAAAAUGAGGAGUUGACCUAUAAUAGCGGGGCAGCGUCAAUGAAACCAUGGUCUUUUUGGACUACCAUUAGUACAGCAACAAGUUGGCUUGUCUUCAACAUAUACAAAUGGUUAUUGAAACGAAGUAAAACCACAGAAGGUAUAUUGUUUCUAUCGAGAUUUUCCAGCAAUUGUGAGUACGGAGAAAGAUCACGGACGGCAGCACAACUACAGAGCGAGUAUAUUCAAAUUAUAACUAAAGUGUUACAACUUUACCUGCAGUGCUUUGUAAAACUUAAGUAUUUAGUAUUUAAUUACUACGUCUUAAUUAUCUCUAUUAAUGUAAUAGUUGCUGCAACUAUAUAUGGGUUACAAUUUGAUAUACAAAACACCACCAUGAAGGAUAAAACACCUCAAUUAAAAUUUUAUUCAGCAACAUGUGGAUCAAAGUCAUGUUCAGCUGUUAAAUUUGUAAUCGCGUCUCAUUUUACACUCGCCAUAUUUAAUCCAAAAGUAAAUCGAAAAUUUUUGUUUAUGUAUUUGGCUGGGUCUGUUAAACCCUUAAGAUGUUAUUCGGCAGGUUUUAUUUUUUUAUUGGAUGACAUAUGUACAUCUCCUAACUCGUUUACUCCUGUGACUAUUUCUGCGUUUAGUUCUAAAUAUUUUCUUAUAGUCAGGCGACGAGCAGACCAAAUUGCAUUAAAUACCGGCAUGCAACAAAAUCUCAGUCUGUCACUGAUCAAAAACUCCCACAGUCAAAUAUUUAGCGUUAGUGUAAAAGUGAAAAAAUUUCGGUGAACAUUUCAAGAGAGGUGUCUUUUAAUAACGUACCAUAACCUUAAAUUAAAGCUAAUAUUUAGAAUUAACUAGCUUCAGCGUUAAACAGGUAUAAUGAGGUAUAAAAAAUUAAAUAUAAUGUAUGGGUUAAAUGUUCUAAUAUUGUGGAUACAUGGUAAUUGCGUUGUAUAUACAUUUGCACCUAUCUCUACUCUAGCUUCACCGCUUGUACAUAUAUUACUGCUAUUAUAAAAAGGUCUGUUUUUUUCUUGGUUUACCAAAAAAAAUUUCCUUAAAUAUUUUGUUAAAUGAUUUGUAGAGAUUUCUGAUGAUAUAUACUUAAUAUGGCCGCAAAACCUAACUUUGUAGGGCAAUGAAGUUCGCUAAUUCAGAUCAGCUAAGGAAACAGAAAUGGUGUGGGAUUUUAUUAACAAAAUGCAAAGAUCUUCUAUUGUCCAAAAAAAAGCUUAGACCGCUAUGAUUUUCAACACGAUUGAAAAGAGAAAAUUGUAAGACAAUUUAGCCUAAAUAAACUUAGUGAUGAGAAAUCUAGCAUUAGCUAGAAAUCGAAACGACUGAUGUCAACAGCUUUCCCUAAUAUAAAAAAAGUAGUAGUGACCCUUCUUCUGUCCUAAAAAGUCUUUAAAUUUUGAAUAGGUUAAUUAACAUUUCUGUGUGUAAUAAUAUAUAUUACUUCGAUUCUUAAUGAAAGGCAUUGUCUUCUCUCAGGUAAGGUCAUAAACUGCAGCUGUCAUACAAAUUUUUAAGUCUAUACCUGUUUCAUAAAGGCCCACCACCACCAGAUUUUUGUGGUGGCAACUGUAUAUGCAGUUUCGUUAUCAUAGCCACGAACUGGCAAAGCCUUAUACCAUGUUCCGACCAAAACUUUGAAGUGACUGAAUUAUAUUUAAUCUAGUUGGAGAUCUUAAAAAACAAAUGUUUUUUAGUAACAAAAAAAAUUGUCAUCGUUUGAUAUUUAUUACAAGAAAACAUUAUGAUGUCGCUUGCAACAGUCGUCUUGCUUUAAAUAUUUUCCAUUUAAUGGAAAUAAUGGACGCAUAUGAGAAGACCACAGAUGGUUGCUGGAAGACAUUGAGAAAACGACCGUUAGUGUGCUAGCCUUUACACUAGAUAUAUGAUUCAUUUUUUAAACGGUCAAUCUUUUGAUUAAAGAAGUCGAUUGCAAGGUUAAUUCAGAUGCAUUGCUUUAAAUUCGUUUGUAUGUUUACAUUUCUUUCUUCGAAUUUUUUUGUAUUGUUACAACGUCAGUGGCUCAAACGUAUAAUUGGACACUAAGUAUAAGAUUAUUCAAAUGCCGACAUUUCUCCUCAAUGAGAAGAUUUCCAAAAAGUUUUGAUGCAGAAUUGUAGAUUAUGAAAAUACCUUUUAAAAAUGUAUAAUACUUAUGAUCUUUUACUAAAAAACUUUUUUCUAAUUAAAAAAAAAAACUAAAAUCAACAAAAUUCUUGACAAACGUAUAAUUGGACAUUCAUAUAUAAUAUAAAAGUUUUAAUACUUGGACGCGAAACUUUUUGCUUUUAUUACUGUUUCUAAACGUCGGGGCAUAGACUGCACGAGAUUCGAGCAAAAUUCUGGAGUUUUGAUGUUCCACUCACGUUUGAUUCCCUGCUUCAACUGCUCUAUUGUGUUGAAAGUGGAUUGAUAGAGCUUACGGGCAAGUUCUUCCCUAACAUGCUCUAUAAUGUUAAGAUCUGGCGACAGUGCAGGUGUUUGUAACAGUGAUGGACAAUUGUGAAUGAGCCACAUUUUCGCUACGUGUGAAGUAUGCUUUGGAUCGUUGUCCUGAUAGAAAGCAAAUUUGUCCAAUAUCUUCAAUUUAUCCGCACUUUACUUCACAUUUUGAUUCAAAAUGUCCAAAUAUUGGAAUCGAUUCAUUUUACCCUCUAUAAAAUGAAUGUUCCCUACUUCUGCACUAGAAACACAUCCCCACACCAUUAACGAACCUCCCCCAUACUUAACCGUAGCCCGAGUAUUAUUAGGCAAAAACUCAGUUUUUGACUUUCGCCAAACAAGAUGUACGUACAUAUGUAGACCUGAUCCAUGUAGGUUAAAUUUACUCUCAUCAGUAAACAAUACCUAUGAAAUAAGUGAUAAGAUAAAAAAUAAUCAAGUUUUUUCAAAAUUACCUUGUUCCAAAAGUGAGACUUUUUCAACAAAUACUCUUUACCAAAUUUCACCCGUGCAAUUUUAUUCUUUUUACUGAUAUACGGUUUUUUUCUGGCUAUUCGCCCAUUGAAAUUAUUCUUCAUUAACAGGUUGCGAAUGGUCUCGACAAAAACCUCUUUUUUUAAAUUCUUGUUGACCAUAUUUUUUAAUUCAUUCACCGUUGUAAAUGGUUUUGUUUUUAUUUCUCUCAAAAUUCAACGCUCAUCAUAGUCAUUUAAUUUCUUUCCUUGGCCAAUACGACUUUUAUUUUCUACUUGAAAAUUUUUAACAUACCGGUGAAUAAUAGCAUGAAAUGUGGACGGGCAUGGGUCAACAAUUUCGGCGAUUUUACGCACGGAUUUACCCUCUCCAUAUAAUUUUAUAAUUAAAUGCCGCGUUUCUAAAGUCGUUUGCUGUUUUGGUUGUUCCAUUUCAAUAUUUAUCUGAACUUUGAACACUACACUUGCAUACUGAUUUAUCAUUUGCCUUGGAAUUAACAUGAAUUCACUCAGCUGAAAAAAUAACGGAUCCGAAAAACCGUUUCCAACAAUAACUCGGCAUCUGCACUAUUCGUCCAAUUGUACGUUUGACGGGAAUUUUAUUGGCUUUGGUUUCUUUUUUAAUUUGAAAAACAGUUUUUUAGUAAAAGAUCAUAAGUAUUAUACAUAUUUAAAAGGUCUUUUCAUAGUCUACAAUUCUGCAUCAAAACUUUUUGGAAAUUUUCUCAUUGAAAAGAAAUAUCGGCAUUUGAAUAGUCUUAUAGUUAGUGUCCAAUUAUGCGUUUGAGCCACUGUAUAUACUACCACUUGAUCCCCUUUCAUCAAGCAAUUGCGAAUCUCCAAGCUUAUUUAUACCCACAAUCGUUCGGAGCAAGGCUACAAUUGUUUUACCAUAUGAUCAAAUUUGAUCAGGAUUGAAUUCAUACAACGUCCGGUGUGUUUAACGUUUACCCACACGGCGCUUAAAGCCACAGUAUAUCAAAUCAAUGCGUUGAUCAACGCCGUGUAAAUGACACGCACUUUUCAGUACAAAUUAGCAGUGUGGAAUGGACACACUAACCACCUUGAUAGUGCCCGAAACCCAUCUAAAUCCUCUGUCGUAUUUUGGGUUCGGCGCCCGGUUGCAAUGCAACUCCACAUUUAACUGACUAAAGUGUCAGUUCUUCCCUCAUUCGAGUUUUAACCACAACCACCACGAUACUUCCCGAGGGGCCAGCCCACAUGAGUAGAUUAGAGCGAACUCCAAGAGCUCUUGUUUCCGGGGGUGCCUGAAGUAAGUCUCCGGUUAGAUCUCGGAGUCGAAAGUACUACCAGUUGAGCCUCCUUACUGCUCAGGACUUGUGACCAGGGGUUGGACUUCACACGCAUACCCCAUUCACACAAGAAGAUAACCCAAGUUAAACGCCUUCGCGGCCUAAAAAAUUCAUGGGAAUACCUGCCCGAACAGUUCGGCAUUCCAACUAGUGGAGAUUACACCGCUAACAUCUAAAUGUCCAUUAGUCCAGCUGAUCCCCAUACCCUGAAGAUACCUUGCGUCCGAGUACAUCGGGCAAUUCGCAAUCACAUGAACCCAGUACUAAGGGGUUAUAUCCACUUGCGAGGCAGAAAAAACGCGUUUUUUUGUGAAUUUUUUCCAAAGAGGCAUUUUAUUUUAUACAUUAAUGAAAAAAAUGUACUUAAACAGAAUUUAAUGUACUUUACAAAUCAGCGGUUUAUUUAAAAAAAUAUUGGAUUUCCUAGAUCCUGUAGAUGAUCUGCGGAGAGACGUCCAAAAAAAGGUGCUUGGCGGUGAGCAAGAUAUCUCUGGUCCAAAUUAUCUGAAAACCAAAAACCAAAAAUAUUUAGUUUUGUGAUAAAUAAAUACAGGUAAUGAUCGAAGGUCUAGUCAAAAUUUUGAUUUUUGACAAAAUGGCGACGGUUCAAAAAAAAAUUCAGUUUUUCAUGAAAAUUUUUCACUUCAAAGUGGCUUAAAAAAUCGAAAUUAUUGUCCAAAUUCUUAUUCCUUCGAUCAUUACCUGAAAAAUAUAUCUGAGUAAGUCGUGUGAAAAUUUCAAACCGAUCGGUUUAGCGGUUUCGGAGAAAUUUUGCUCACCGACUCUGAAAACACGGUUUUGAGAUAAACGCGUUUAAAGUUUCGGGAACGAUUUACACUAAAUGAAAAAUUUUUUUUUUCAACUUACAUCGUGUCAUCUAUUCCAGCACCAUAAGAGGAACCCUCUGCUUCGUCGUUUGCCUCCAAAACGUUUAACUGUUGUUGUCUACGAGCCAUCCUCCCCUCGCGCGUCGAUCCUUGCGCUCUUGCGUCCGAAAUUGAGAUGCGCUCUGCGUCCUCUUUACUCACGUAGGAAUGAGCAUUGGGUCCAAGUGAUAAUCCCAUAGCAUUCAUAUAAUAGAGAAGAGAUGUUUUACCUUCAUUAAAGACCCCGGCUGCAAUGUUAGCAGCUAUUUCUACAAUUUUAGAGCCAGCUGGAAUAAUUUUUUGAGUUAUUUUCCAUAUCAGCUGAUUAUAACUUUCAUUAUUGUUCUGGGUAAAACCACCAACGCAUCGUUCCAAUAAUGUUUCGUUACUCAGAUCUUCGUAAAUUGGAAAAAUAGCUGUUGCAACAUCAGUUGGUAAGGCCUCAUAAUCAUGUUUAUAGCUGGGCAAAGUUCCCAAGGCUCGCGCUUUUUGCCACGAACACCACGAGUUUUCUCCUAUAGGGCAAUUAUCAUGCUGAGGGUUUUUAUCUGUAGAGCAGUUAUGAAAAUAAGAUGCCCAAAUGGCUUUAUACAUACUUUCAACAGAAUCACAGUGUCUCCUAAUCGCUAAACCAUAGUAAACAGUUAAUUUAUCAAUAAGUUUCCCAGUCAAUUUACCUUUGCCACCAAGUAACUUUUUUUUUUUUUUCCAUUCUUAUCUUCUAUUUCUUGUACUGUAUUAUUUACUAUGUCUCUUAGCCGUUUGCCCAUUCUUUUUUGAACAUGCCCAAUACAUUCUUUCUUCGUUACUUCUGUCUCACCAUAAGGAGCAGCCUUCAAAAUCCCCGAAUAAGUUUUGGAGUCACCAUCACCGACGUAGUUUCUAAAACGAACUUAAUACUUUUCCAAUGAACGUUUGAACAUGGUUAUAACAGCAUCAACUUCCAUUUUUCUUGAUGACCCAUCGUGGUUAGCUGAGCAUACGUCUUUGUGCUCUAUCCACCAUUCCUGAUAUUCAGCAGUAUUCUUGUGAGAUUUCCAAGGCUCGCAUUGCUUACAGUAAGAGCUUUUAACUAAAAGAUCAAUUAUUUUUCCACUGUAGUAGCCAAUUAGAGAUGUAACUCCAAAUAGAGAAGUAAAUCCCCUUUUUUUCCAAGUUCCAUCUCCCGAGACUGUUAAAUCACUCUUAUGUUCAUCACCCUGAUGUUCAGACGUAGCAUUCAUUUCCUCAACACAAGCUUUUUUUAAAAGUUGAUCUGUGACUACUGACACACAUUCGUGGAUAUUUUUAACGAUCAUAUCAUAUGAAGUUUGGAGCAAAAAAGCUGGCAUGUCCAUUAGCCCACAAAAUUGAGUAGCACCUUUCAAACCUAACCCAAAGGUUCUCAUCACAAAUAUAAAUCGUCGAUUUAUUUCAUACGAGUGUUUGAUAAAGUUACAAGAGUUUACACUACGAGGAUUACAUUUAUCACAUAAGAUAACAAUUUUAAAACCAAGUCCACGCUCUGAUGCUGUUUCAAAUUUUACUGGCUCAUGACAAGUUUUACACAAUACAUACUCGCUAAUAGCCGUAAACACAGUUACAAAAUUUAAAAUUCUAUAUUCAACUGACGUAUCGCGAGUUACAAAUAUUUCCUCUUGCGCUUUAAAUUUUUUUGCAGAGGCGCUGAAACUGCUCUCAUCAUAUUCCGCGGUUUUCGGAUUAAAAAUGCUCUUCCGUUUAUUUCUUCGAGACAACUGUUUAUUGGAAGUUCUACGAGUUUCUCUGCUAAUUUUACGAGGCAUUUUUUACUUUUAAUUAAUGAAACUAUACACACUGAGAAAUACACAAACUGAGAACAAACACGACUUGUCUACGUGGAAGUUCACUUCUAACUGAUGAAUUCACAUAUUUUUAACUUAAAAUUCCUCAACAUAGGUUUCAGGUAUAAACUAGACUUUUGUAUUAUGAUCUUAGGGUCCCAAACAUAAUGUAAGUCAAGGACAAAAGAAUAAAAGCUACCAGAAACAACUGCUAUUCCGGCUCGUGCUCCGCCUACUUUCGAACGCUCGGGAACGUUCUUAGUAAUACGCUUAUAUCUCCGACACUAAUUGUCGAAUAAUUUGAAAUUUUCAGAGAAUAUUCUUGAAUAUAUGUACAUUCAAAAAAUGAAAAUGAAAUGAAAUGAAAUUUUUUGAAAAUUACAAGUGGAUAUAACCCCUUAAGACCGUACAACGUUGCAUCGAAACGAUUUUUCACAAUAUUGCAGUUCCUUAAAUGACACAAGCUACAUAGAAGCCCAUAUAUCGAACAGCAUUAAAUGCGUCCUAUUUUACCUAUGACCGCCUGCAUGCCCUCUUUCAUUCUCAGCAAGUGUGGUGUAAAGCACAUUCUUUAACUCAUGGUCAGCCCUAGAUAUUUGAUUUGCCGACAAUCGGUGGACGAACCGGCGACAAUCUGGCCUUAAGCAGCAUUGUCCCAGUUUUUUUCCAUCGAUAUGUCCACCCUCACACCUAAACCCCCAAGUAUUUAUAAUUUCUAAAAACUGUUCAAAAGUAGUUCCGCCAAAGAGCGAUUUCUAAACACCCAAGCUCCUCCAGUGGUUGUAUCACUCGAUCCCUGCUUAGGUAAUCAAACGCCGUCUCGAAGUCAACAAAUAUGCCAAGGACAUAAUUGCUGACGCUCUCACUUACAACAUUCUAAACGUAAAACCAAUCAUCCUCUACACUGCGUCCUUCCCUAAACCCAAGCUGCCUAUCCGACCACAUACCCUCUUUAGCUCCUGAAGCCGUUCCACCAUUACUCUUUCCAGAACUUUUCCAAGUACUGGAAGAAAACAUGCGCGAUAAGCACGAAGAUCGCUCCUGAUCUUAUCAGGGGACCUCAGGGAACAUCAGGAGAGGAACAACUCUAGCUUUUUUUCACUCACAUGGAAAUUAUCCCUCCCAAACGCACUUAUUAUCAUAAGUAGCCUCCAUGUAUUCCGGAAUGAACUUCCACAAGUUUUUGCACAACUUAUCGUUCAAACCAUCAAAACCUGAGGACCGUUUAGACCUAACCAGACCAAAGACGUACCCCAACUCUCCAUCAUUUAACGAAGGGACAGGGAAAGAACGCGCCUUAUGGAACCCCCACACACUCUCUCCACUGACUCGUACGACUUCGACAGAUCCUAUAGACUUGACCCCAGGGAUCGUUUAUAUUCACAUCAACAAAACUCGUCCAAUCCCCUUCCUUAACUCUAAGUACCAUAUCUUUGUAUUCCAUCCUCACACAACUAAAUACAUACCUAAGCUGGUACAGCCUAUCAGAAUUUGACCAUCGGGCGCGUUGAAACUUACGCCUCAAUCGCCUGAUAGUUCUCGCCUUCAAGAUUAGCCCACCCCCAACUCAUCAAAAUCCAUAAUUUGAAUGAAAUUAUGACCAUUCAAUCCCCUCCCUCCCUUAAUCUCCCACCUAACAUCAAAUGCCCUACUUGUUGACUGAUUGAUAAACGUCACGUUAAUAUCACUCACACCCCAGACCCAUCAAACGCAUACCACUCGCUCGGCUCAUUCAAAAUGUGGAGGCUAUUAGCCACCACUCAUUCACUUAAUGCCUCGCCUCGACUGUGGCUCUGAUAUCCAGACGUAUGCCUGGAUACCUUACUAAACUAAACCGAGGACGAGGUAUUCGCAUCCAACCCCAGUAUAAAUGGACUACCAUCUACAAGAAGUAGCAGCUUAUCCACGUGUGCCGGGUAGGGCUCUAGGGGCUCGUUAAAUUUGCAGUAUAAACUAGCAACAACCAUUCUAUUGAACACCCCUCUGUAGCAAUACAAAUACCUAGCUGUGAAAAAUCCAUAACUACACAAUCGUAGCAUGAAUUAUUCACAACAAUUGCAGCAUUAUCCUCAAGGUCAGUGAAGUUCUUAAAACUCCCAGAAAAACCCCGAACCACACCUGUAGCAAGGCAAGUUUACACCCACUCUCAGUCAUACAACUCGCCAACUCACACAGUACGGUAUAAGAACCCUGGCAGUUUAAAUGAAUAAUCCCUCCCUUUAGAUUUGGUCCAACACUCAGCCACUCUGUGGUCGAAUCCCAUACACCGGAAGCAGCCAACGACGCAGCUAUCCGGUGGCACCCGGAAUGAGAACCACUUGAUGUAGCACCUUCUUGCCUCCAGGACAGCGGAGAUCAGACAAUCCGCACAAAGGCUGGGGCGUAGCCGUCGGUACCGAUGAGGCCGGCAUUGACCUUUCCGGUGGCGAGGAAUAUCUCCCCAAACAUUCUCUAAGAGCGUCGACUUGUCCGCGAAUGUGGGAAUUCUCGGUAAUAACCGCCAUUAGGAGUGCUUCAAAUUGCGAGGCAAGCUCCAUCAGCCCGUUUGCGCUACCACGCGGAGGGGACCUUAACGGCAGGAGUACCCGCCCCUUUCUCUUCUCCACCCGACGUGGAAUCGUCUACUACUGAAAAAGGUUUACUCGCCCAGAAAACAUUCGCGGUCACUAACUCGAGCAACAACACUACUAUCGUGUGCCUCCGCCGAUUGCACACGCUACAGGCAAUAGCGGUGCUAACUCGACAGAGUAAACAAAUGACCGCACAAAUGAGAAUGCCAGAAAAUCACAAGAAAAAAGUCACUAUGAAAAUUGCUCCUAUCCGUCGACAGUCAGCUAAUUGAAUGCUACAAUCUUUUUAUGUUCCUGUAAAGAUUGAUCUCGAAAUGAAAGGACAUAUUUUUGUUAAGAUUGAUCUCAAAAAAAAAAAAAAAUACGUUAAUUUGUCUACCGACUUUUACCAUGCGAAAAUAUGCUCUUUUGUAUUGGUUAGAACGUAUACACUUCCCUUUCAGCAAACAUUGCGAAUCUCCAAGCUUAUUUGUGCCUGGCCUGAAAUUGUUGUACCGUCUGAUCAAAUUUGAUCAGGAUUGAAUUGGAGCAAUUUUCUUUAUGUUCUUGUAAACUUGAUCUGCAUAUGACUUAUGUUUAUCACCACUUUCAGCAUGAGUUUGGUAACAUUUACUAUGAACAUUAAUAAAUGCUAUAUUAGCGUAAAAACGCAACUUUUUACGUCAUACACAGUAUGUGUAUAAUCUACUAUCAACUAAAGGGCGCAUUUAGUUUAUUCUAAUAAAAGAACAAACAUUUAUAAUAUGUGACCUGGUCUACGAAAAGGGAGCUAACGUGCGAAAACUAGUUUUCUGGGAAACAACUCGUUUCGUCAGUUUGUGAAAAUUGUCAGUGAAAAUUGAUUUUUUGACACCUAAGCCCCCUUUCCGUAGAUCAGGUCACAUAUAGAAAAGUAAACAGAAAAAAAGAAACCCCAUAUUAUUUUGUACAAGACUGUAUAUAUAUGUACGUAUGUAUAUCUAUGCCAUUAACUAUUACUAUUUAUGUAUGACAUCAUUCUUGUAGAUCAUUUUUCUUUCCAUUGUAUAAUUACUUAAAAUGGCAGCAACAUAAUAGAAGACAUUUUAUUAAUUAGGACCACUAGACAUAUAUAUCUAAUCUAAUAAAUGCUUAGUUUGUAUGUUGACUUAACCAGAUUUAAUUGAUGGGCUAUACUAGUAGUAUGUCUUCAGAAAAUCUACUUAAAAAAUAUUACAAGCUGGAUUGUUCGUAACAUGUAAAAUUUAAAUACCACCUUGUGAGACUUUGUUUUAUACAUAUGUACAUAUAAGAGGGACUUCAUCCUAUAUAAUCGCAGUAAUAUAUAUAUUAUAUAUAAUGCAAUAUAAUAAAAUAAUAUAAAAUAACGCUAACAUAAAGAAAAUAAUAUACUCUUAAAGAUAUUAACAAUAACGCAAAUAUUCGUUUAUGUUCUAUCAGUUUAUUAUCGGCGAUUUUUCAGAUUGAAUAAACAGUGAAGUUGUAACUACUCAACUGGUAUAAAUACGCUAGAAUUGUCUUCUAAGGAAAAAUUCAUAUAAAAUCGUUAUUCCAUUGUUAGUUAUUAUUGCUCCUAAAUUUUUGAGGGCUGAAAUACAUUAUUUAAAGAGCAAUGUCUUUUAGCUUUAAAAAUUGUGUCAUAUAUUUUUGACUUGAUUUUAAAAAAAUUUGCUUAAGGGGCUAUACCAGUGUGACAGUUUCAAAAAAAGAUUUUUUUUUCUUUUUCGACAGUUUAUAUGUUCAAAAAUAUUCUGUCGAAUCGGCAAGGUCGUAUCUUGGAUAGUUUUUGGAUCAUAGAUAAAUUGAUACGAGAGAAAGCUGUCAAACUCCCAUUUUUUAAUACAUGUGCCGAUGAUGCCACUGCUGAAAAAUGUGAGAUUGGGCAUUUUAUAUAACUUUUGAGUAUUGUACAAUUUUCACUCUACCACUGAGGUAUGCAAAAAGCGGGUUCCCCAGUAGGCCUAUAUCACCCAUAUAUAUAAAGAAUUUUAUAAACAACUGACUUCUAAUUCUGCAGAAUUUCAAUAACGCACUAUUUUUGGCCGUUCGUUUUAGCGCUAUUCUUCUGGCAUCCCGCCUUUUUCACUAACUGCUGAUAGACUAUACCCUGAUUGUGUUUUGUUGCCAGCUCAGACAAGCUGCCGGCUGACAAGCGAGAGAACCGGAAAAGAGUUUCUCAUGAAUUUAUCUAUACCUUCUAAAGAGCGACCGCUGGCAGGCACAAAAAUAUAUAAGUGAAACUUCAAACGCGUUUUUCUCAAAACGACAUUUUUCAAAAUUGCUGACAUCAUAGCUCAACGAGAAAUUGACCAAUCAACUUCAAAUUAAAACUGAGUAUUGUUGAAUAUAUUUGCUAUACAAUGACCUAUGAUCUUUUUGAUUGGUUGAAAAUUGUCAAUUUGGCAUUAAAAAACGAUAAUUUUUCAGCCUAAGAACGAUUUUUUUUUUCAAAAUUACUCCAUUUUGUUAAUUUUUGAUAUUUUUCAAAGAUCCGUAGGUCAUUGUAUAGGAAAUAUGUUUAAGUUUAACAAACCUUUUGAACCUCUUUGUUUCAGCUACUCAUUCGGCCGGAAUCAUGUCAGCAGUUGGGCACUUGUUUUUUGCACCUCCGAAGACCUUACCUUAUUACGUACAAAGAAGUUCGAAACAAUCGAUGUAUUUUUCUUUAAAAUACACGAAAAUCGUCUAAUUUUUCAUGCGUUACACCGGUAUUGUCCCUUAAUAAAGUUUUGAACUAUAAUUGAUCUCACAUAAGAUGGACCUAAUUGGACAGGCGCGAAUCUCUCCGAAUUUUUCCAUACUGAGACGUGUAUUUAUUUUACUUCAUAAUGGUUUUACUUGAAUCUUUGACACCAAUUUUAUUUUAAAACCAAAUAAAUCGGAUUUGGCUAAUUAUGUCUGUCCAUAAAAAUAUUUCAAUAAGUGAACGCGCCAUGUGACACUGUUAAUCAAACUGUUGAUUGUAUUGAACAGGCGAUGACUUUGAUUGAACUCCGAUCCCAAAUAACUUUCUACAGAAUUAUUUUUGUGGGGAGCUCAGGCAAGAAUUUGGGCCGAAUUCAUGGCUAGAGCCGAGAUGGUAAAAAAAAAAAUAAUAAUAAUGAACACAACGCAAAAUAUUUCAUUGUUGACAAUAAUGAUGAUCGCACUUAAAAAUAUAUAAAUUUAAAUACUUUUUUUAGCCAGUAAAUUAUUUUAUUUUUGAAAGGUUAACACAGAAUAGCAUUGAAUAAGGUUUCUACUUGACUUGAAAGAUAUUUCGUUUUGAUUCAGCUCCAACUGAAACUCCUUGGGAUUACCAUCACUAACCCAUGGAGAUCCAUCUAAAAUAAAAUGGACAAAAACAAAAAGUUUUAUUAAUAGAUAAUCUAGGCACUAGGCAACAGCUGUACAAACUUCAUUGAAAUCUAAACAAAAAAACAUAGUUUUGAGAAAACGCAGAAUUUUUACAUUCAAUUCGCCUAAAGUAAUAAAAAAACUGCACACAGUGAAAGAGAAAUGACUAAUAGAAAAUGGCCAAAUUAAAACACGCUACUAGACACAAGUGUACACAAAACAAAGCAAUUAAACCUCUCGUAAAUCUUGGGGAAAUCAGACUAUAUAUGAAUUAAUAACGUUAACAAUGCUUGCUAUAACUUCUUGGUAAAAGAUUCAAUUCAGGACUUAGUUUGUUAUUGUUCAUUAUAUUGUAUUAUUCAAAAGCUGAUGAAAACCUAUAAUUUGUUUUAUUUAAACUAAUAGCGGGAUUCUGUAACCAGUCUCUAGUCUCUAUUUGAGACAUUUUGAGGCAAAGUCUCAAUUUGAGACUAGUUACUAUUCACAAAACAGUCUCUAGCGUUAGUCUCAAAAUAUUGAGACCAGGUAGUUAGCAGGUCACAAAACUAAAAAGAAUUCUUGUCUGCCAUUUUGAAUAUACUGAAUAGAGAUUAUCAUAGAUAUUAAUCGAUUGUCGUUUCUUUAUAUUUUGUAAGCAACUCAAACACGAAAAGAUGAAAAAUAAAUAAAUUUUACAUAAAUUUCGUAAAUAUUAUGAAACAAAGUCAACAUAUAUUUUUAUUUUUAUUGAUGAUUAUGUUUUUUGACUAUGUUAUAGGAAAUUUAAUAUUUGUUAUCGACAUAUUUAUUUUCAUUCAAGUGUAAAAACAUCUCUGAAUAAUGAAAUGUAAUAGAUUUUGUGACUGUCACUUACAGAAUAGCAAUAUCAUCUCAAGUCUCAAAAAUUGUCUCUAACUUAAAAUCUCAAAUUUAGAGACUUGAGACUGUUUCAAGUUACAGAAUCGCACGGUAAGAGAAAUGUGUAUAAUCAAGAAUAAGCUUAAGACUUAUACGUAUAUUUAUCCGAUUUUAAAUUUUUUGUUACAUAUACACUUUACGUACACGCAUCAUCUAUUUACAUAAGAACCCGUACUAACCGUGUAGGUAACAGUAGUACAUACUAGGCUUAGUAAAUUGGCUUUCAUUGAUGGAAUUAGAAAGAAAAAAUCAAGGCAGUAUUAAGUUUUAUGUGAAGCACCCUCGUUGAGGGUAAGUAGGAUAUGGUUAAAAUGGCGAUUCAUGCAGUUGUCGUUGUCUUCACUCUGUAUUGACCAAAUCUUAAUUAAAAUAUCUAAUGUAAUGUAAAAUGCUAAUAGACAACGGUAGCUGAGUUAUCGAGAAUAAUAUAACAGACACAGGUGUUUUUCUUUGGCGUCGUUGGCAGUCUAUGACAAAGUUUGAAACAUUUUUACGAGUAUAAGUAUAGUCUUUAUUUUAAUAACAAGUACUAUAUAGAAUAGAUAUUUACAUAAUCAUAUUUGCAUAUUAAACUUACUCACAAUUUGUGCGCAUAAAUACAUACAGUCAGCGUCAUAGGUCUACAAGCAGCUAAUACAAAAAAGUUUGUUUUUAAAUAACUAAUUUAUUAAAUUGAAAUUGUAUUAUUCUUAUUAAAGAUGACUUCAAAGUCUGUGCUUUUAUUUCACGCGAUUAUUUUUAAAAUUUUCGACGUUGAUUAGCUCAUCAAAAGUGCAUAGGUGAGCAAAAUUCAAUUUUUGAUAAUGCGACUCCAUCAAAGACCGGUUCAUAUCAGUGGUUUGGUGAAUUCAAUAGAGGUCGUAGAUCACUUCAGGAGGAUUUUCGGGAAGGUCGUCCAAAAUCAGUUGUUCUUCCGGAAGCUUUUGAUGCUGUUAGCAAACUGAUAUUGCAAGAUCGUCAUGUGACCUUUCGUGAGAUUUAGAUAUAGGCAUUAGUAUGAUCAGCAUACAUUCAAUAUUGCAUGAACAUUUGACUGUAGCAAUUUUUUUUUACGUAGAAUUCCACGUAACUCAUCGCUCAAAAAUAUCUUGUGUUGUUUGGCCUAUAGAAGUCUUUCAAAAUGAGCAGAAUCUAACUAAAGUUCUCGCACGAAGAACUUGUCGCAACCAUAUCACUAAAAACCCCCUUUUGAGUAGUACACAACCAUUUUUUUUUUUGCCAGUUGUCUCACUAAAUCAGGAGAACCAACCGCCGAAUACGGUUUUUAAUAGUCCUUUUUUUCCUUACUCCUGAAAUUUAAAAAGUAAUCUACGCACAAGCACUUUACAUAUGAAGUUUUUACUGUCUAAUAUUUAAAUUAUGCAAUUUAGAAACUGUAUCAAGAGGUAUUUAAUUAAACGUAAAAGCAUAUACGUCUCCUGAGUUUUCAUUUCAGACCACUCUAUAAUUAUGACAUUUUUGUGUUUCUGUUUACUUGAUAUUGUGUGUUUUCGUAUUUUUGUUUCAAAAAGAGUCCCACAAUGCUCUUUGUGCUUAAGAUUAUUAUCAUGUUAGAUUUUACAAACCCAAAAUUUCGGCACUUAAUCGCUUUAAAAUGCCCAAUUAAAUACGCCUAUUUACCGUUGCUUUCAAAAACUGCAAGUUGCCGAUGCCACUGUCUGACAUCACAAUCUCCAUUCUUCACAUUGAAUGAAAACAUGCUCUUCUCAAAUUUCUGCUCGCAAUAACUACAGAAAUAUUUGGCAAAUCUUCCCACUACACACGUGCAAUUGAUGAUGCUGCUAGUUGUGUAUUUUUCUUUACCGCAUGCAAUAUUGAGCGACUCCCAUGGGCAGUGAGCUUCGGUAGGCGGCUAUCGAGGUUUUGACGUGAUAAUUUUUGUAGAUUUGAAGUUUUUUUUUUAUCCCGGUUUAGACUGAACAGUGCGAUCUUCCAAUCAAACGCCCAAUUUCGCGGUUUUAUUUCGCUUUUUGCCAAAAUUUAUUAAUAUUGUUUCUUUAGUCGAACCAGCUAAAAAACACAUUAACAAAAAGUUUUUAACGCGUACUAUAACCUUUAAGUACUGAGGGCUUGUAGACUUUUGAUCGCUUCGAUAGUUAUGUUCAAAAAUAAAAGUGUCGUUAUCUCGUUUAUUUGGCGAACAUAUGCAGACAAAUUUGGCGUCGUCAUUUUACUGUUAAUCAUGUAUAAGAAAAAAUUAAAUUUGAAUUCAAUAAAUUAUUUAAUUUAAAAAAUAUUUUCAAACAAACAUUUUUGUAUUAGUUUUUAGAAGACUUAUGACGAUGACUGUAUGUAGCAUUGCUGGUUACAAUCAAAUUAUGUGUUCACAUCCAUAUGCACACAGUAAAUGGAAAAGUAAAACAUUUUUGUUUUAAUAACUUAAGAAAUUUAGAACGACUUGUGUUGAGCAGGAUAAAACAACGCUACUGUGAGAAGCGGCAAUAAGCGAUACUUUAUAAGUGAAUGGUGUAAGUUUUAGCUUAAAAAUAGUAAACGUAAGGAAAUUGGAGAAGACGGUGCUUAAUAAUUUAGGUAUUGAGGCAAAAUAAUAGUAAAAAAACUUUAAAAAAUGUAAGGUGGAAAGUCCCAAACGGGGCUAAAAAUAGCUAUACAAGGUUCCCUUUUGAUUUCGUUCCUGACUUAAAUGUGAACGCAAAAUUGUACUAGGAAUAGUAAACAACUUUUCUGUAAUAUAAUAUAAACUUAUGAAAAUUAUAUAAGGAGAAAAUAUAACACGAAACCCGCAGCUAUUGUAUAUAUAUAUUUUUAAAUAUUUAUAAUUAUGAAUGUUGUUUAAGAAAUUUAAAAUAAGAUACCUAUAUAUGAGUUAGACUGAAACUUUUUUUUAACAAAUUUUCGAAACCUUAUGCCUAUUAUUUUCUUUUACCCAUACAGUAUAUUAUUAUAUCUCAUAUAUGUAUGUAUGUUCUUUUUCUUAAUGAGAAAUUAUAAAAAAAUUUGUAUUAAGAAUGUAAUCUCUCAUCAAGAGGUCUCAGUGUGACCCUCCGAAAAAUCACUGAUUUUAGCGAUUUUAGUUUGUAAUGUUGAAAUCGGUCCGGUCUUUUUUUUUUUAUAAACGAAUACAAAAUUAUUGUUUUUAUGUUUAUUUAUUGAGUAUAUAAUAGCUAAAUAAAUUAUUGAAAUGACACGUAAAAACAAGGACCUGUACGAUGCCCACUAUUGCGGCCGCAAUUUUAAUCUAAUAAAAAAAUUUCAAAAAGAUUAUGAAUCUGUAGGAAAGUCGCUAUCGCGCUAUGGAAGCUUGUUUUUUGUUUUGAAAUUUGACGAUAUGGUGGCGGUUUGAACAAAAGGUAUCGAAUUUAGCCCAUUUUUCGUAGAAAAAGAUAGGAAGAUUUCGAAAAAAAGUUUCCAUAGCGCUAUAGAGAAUGACAUUAAACAUGUUCCCUCAUAAUUGGAACUAGAUAUCUUCAAAACUCUUCCCUUGAGAGUGGAAACCGGUUUGAAAAACACCAGUUUGAGAACAACGCGGUUAAAGAUUGGUCGCUCCGUUCCCCAUUCUGUUCCAUUUCUACAAGAAACGCUGAAGCGACCGUAAUAAUUUCAGUUUCGAUUUCAAAAUUUGAGAGAAUGUUUAUUACAGUGUAAACUAUCCGAUAAUGCAACAAAAAAUUUUUUUUUUUCGAAUAUUCCACACUGAGACAAUCCCUUAACUUAAGACCGUUGAGCGGCGAUCAUACAAAAAUACGAAGGAAAUAUCAAAAGCUUUAUGAUCUGAUCAACAGAAGUUGAAGCUUGCAUGAUCAUACACUUACGCAAUUAUAUAUGAAAUCCGUAUAGCUAGAUACUAUUACUUGCCAAUUUUAAUGAAUGUCGAAACUCUCCCUAAGUGUUUGACCCAAUAAAGUAUUUAGAAGUUUCUCCUAAAAUAGGUAAGUUCAAUCACAGCCAUGACACAGAAACACCGGAAAAGCAAGAACACUGCGCAGUUGAAAAAUUAAACAUUCCUAUUGUUGGCUUUAUACAGUCAAAUCCAUAAUUUUAAUUUAGAAUAGACAAAAAAAGGAAACAUAUUUAUUUGAUACAUAUUUGAAGUUUGUAAUUCACAGUUAAUUAUCAAUUUCAGGUAAAUAUAUUUCGAUGCUGUGAUCAGAAUUAAUUUUUCGGGUUUUAAGAUCAUCAAAAAUUAAUAAAAACGUUCAAUUUUUCGUUGCAAUUGUAAUCUAUAAUAAUUUAGGGUCAUAUGAAAUUUUAAGCCUUUGCACUUGAGAGGUGAUUUUCAUUCACCAUGGGGUGUGCUGUCGCAACUCGACUAUCGCUCACCACUUGCUUUGCUGUGGUAACUCGAUACGCGAGACUGUUUUCGUUAACUUUCUCUCAUUAUCAUCUUAAAUAUGUAAAAAUGCAUUUAAUAUUAAAAUAUACAAGUUUUAUUUGUUAAGUAUGUAAUAAUUUUAAGUUGGAGGUAAGAAGGUAUACAAGUACGCUACAAACGCUGCGAGUUGCUGGUGCGCCUCGCGAAAAAGCUCCCGAAUGCAAAGGGUUAAUAGAAAAUACUGUUUAAUCAAAAGUUUCAUUAUAUUCAUGGGUGUUGUGGAAUCCAAGACAGAAUUGCUUAGCUGUCAGAAUUGCAAACCUAUUCUGAUUUUAAAUGGUGUCACAGAAUCUGAUCGGAUUUUCGUCUUUUCGAACAUACGCAAAACCAAUAUUCGAACCAGCUGUUUACUAAUGUAACAAAACUUUCAAAUGAAUACAUUUGAAAGCAAACCUAUUAUAUUAGAGUUUUUAAUAAGUUUCGAAUAAAAGGAAGAUUUUUAGAGAUAACAUUUAUCGAAUGAAUAAAGACGCAUUUGGGUGUUAAAUUACGUUUAUUACGUUUUGUAAAUCUUCUUUAAGGGGGAGACUGCUUUAAAAGCUUUAAAAAAUUGAAUUCUUCUUUGCUUAAAUCUCUUUAAAAAUUAUCUAAGAAUACUAUCCCAAAGUUAUAGAUGGGAAUUCGAAAUAUUGUCGAAGCUAGAAGGGAAAUAGUGACUGAGCGUCUAGCAGAUAUAUGAGAACGUGGGCAGGUUUUUCAUUUUUACGUUUUUUCUUAAUUGGGGGGGAAGGAUAAAAAAAACUAAACGUCGUAUGGAUUUGGGGCAAAGUUUAUUAUCUUUGGCAUUAAAUUAUCUUCUAUUUAAACUGAAAUAUACCAAGAAAAGUUAAAUUUGAACAUAUGUAUGUUUACAGUAAAAUUUUUUUAGACAAAAACCACUCUUUCAAAAUUUAAAAAAUUUUAGAAUUUUACACCUUUUUUUGAUAUUUUUAGAGUUUAACUUGAACAUAAGUUAUUAAAAAAUAUGAAUCUCUUUGAAUUUUUUGUUUCCGAUGGAAAUCGUCUGGCAUAUGCACAUGCGAUAAGCAUCUGACAAUUGCUUUUCAAAGGCAAAUGUAAAAGAUUCCGUAUCAAAAAAAUUUGCGGAUGAUGUUUAAAUAUAUAACUAUAAAUUCCAGAAAUUUCGCUGCAAUCAUUUAUUUCUUUCCUUCCCAAAAAAAAAAAACUCAAAAACCCGCUUUUUUAAGCUUCUAAAAAAGGCUCCCCUCUUAAAUAUCCGCAUUUUUUUUUCAAAAACUCAAUAAUUAAGACAUUUCGUGUUUUUUAUUAUGUUUUCUCCUAUAGAAAUUAAGAUAAAUAAUUCCGCAACAAUAAAAUAACUUGAUUUCUUAACUUACAUUUGAAAUCUGUGUGCGACUAUCUUCUUGAUUUGUUUCUGACAACAAAACCGAUAAAAUUGGUUUCCGAAACACCCAAAACCGGUACAAAUUCUGUUUCGAAUAUCAAACCAAUAAUAUGUAAAUUCGUGACAUCUAUUGCUCUUUUUGAUCGGUUUCAAUUCCGGUUUUCGAUUCCGACAACUAUCAGAUUCCACAACACCCCUGAUUUUCAAGCAGUAAUGUGAGUUAUGCAACAAUAUAAACAAAAGAAAAAAUGAAACGGUUUUGAACAUUGUUUAUCAAUAUUUUUAUUUAUGAAUUGGCAUUUGCUUUAUUUCUUUACCCAGUUCUUAGUUAUAAUAAGGAAAUAUCAGCUUUCCGCAGGUAUACUCAAAAUUGAAUACGUAUGUACAUAAUCACAGACAUUUAUACAUGGAUAUGUUAGUGACUAAUAACUUACUAUCAGGGGCGGAUCCACGGGGAAGGGGAGCUGCGGAGAGUUCCCCAUUCACCGCGCUCUGUCCCAGCCCUCUUCACUUUUAAACAUUAAAUAUUGUAUUACAAAUUACUAUAAAAAUGUAUGCGAUCUUUUGUAUUAGAGGUUGUUGUUUUUGUUCUUGUAACGACAAAAAACCAUCCCGAUUUUUUCCAAACACUAGCACUUCCCGUCUCCGCUGGAGAUAGUGCGAGACAUCAUCUAUAGAAUUAGAGAAUUUGAUUUUUACAUAUGGAAUGUUCUACUUUACAUGGCUAGACAACAUUAUACCGUGAAAAGGAUUGGUAUCUAAAAUUGUGACUUCUUUAUGCUUAUAAUUUUUUAAAAGUAAAUAGGCUUUAAUUUUGUAAACAAAUUAAAAUAUUUUGAGUGGAAAUAAAAACACCUGUAAUACAACACAUGCAUGUGUUAAAAUGCUUUUAUAGUAUAUAUGUAUCAGUACAUUUAUAUGAAAGACCGGCAUGAAUAAAUGUAUAAUAAAUUGUAAAACUUUUCAACAUACAGCUUGCUUCAAUUCAUUUGCUUAAGAUACUGAAAUAUGAUUAUUAAAAUAAAUAAUAAUUCACUGAAAUUUCAAUUAACAUUUAAGACUAUAUACUAAUCGUUGAUGUAGCAUAUUACGCGAUUAGUCCAAAUUAAAAAAAAAAUAUAUAUAUACAUAUAUAUAUAUAUAUAAAUAAAUAAAUAAAUAAAUAAUGAAUAUACAUAACAUAAUUGUGAAACUAUAACACGUGAAUUUAGCAAUGAAACAAAGAAAAAUCUUGAAUGGUCGAAAAAUAAUAAAAUAAAUAAAACAAAAAUUUAUAGAACGUAUGUAUUAAUUCAAAAUACUUAUAUACAUAUAUAAACAUAAAAUUGUACAGAGUUUUGAAUCCAAUUAAUUUAAAAAUCUAAUUAGGAAGUAACAUCAACCAGAUCGAGAAAAAAUAUGGAAAAGAAAUUAAAUUAGGAGCAUUCAUAGUAUUAAGUUUAACUCAUGAAUAUGAAUAUAAAUGAUUGUUAUGUAAGCAGAUAAUAAAGGAAAUACAUUUUGGCAAAAAAAAACUCAA